AUGUCCGAGUCUGAGGUGAACCGCGCGGAAACAUCUGGAUAUCGCAUGGCUGUUGGGUACACCAAGCCAUAUCUUCUGGUUCCCGACCGAAUCCUAGAGACGACGGAAACUAGCAGGACUUACGACGAGACGAAGCAUGCCACGGGAGACGUCAAGCUGUUGGACAUCACCUGCUUCUCCGGCCAAGAGGCCCCGGACUGGAUGGAUGGCGGACCAAGACAGCAGGCUAUGACUGAUAAGUUGAAGGCUGAGGUUACAAAAAGCGCCAAGUUGAGGAGGGCUCGAAGGGUUGUACAGCGCAUCGUCGGAGAUGCCCACGCCAAUGACCUUUUGCCGCCGCCAUCAACAACUUUGGGGUCUCCAGGGGUUGUUGCGAGAUAUCCUCUCAGACAAAACCCUCCAUCAACUGUUCCGCAGCCCAGCAUAUCUCACGACAGAGGCUUGCAAUCACAGUCGCUUUCUUAUUCCAACGAUGGAACACCCAACCCCGGACCUCAAUCAUCAGUUACUUCUAGCCCGGAGAAGUCCACACCACAACUUCCGACUGAGUUGGAGCAAUGUUACAUCUCAGCGUAUCUAGACUACAUUGUUCCGGCAUUGUUCCCCUUCUACUAUCCAUCCAUACUUGAAGGCGGUCGAAGUUGGAUGCUCGUUCUUACCCUGGCCAACAAGUCACUAUCCCAUGCUGCAACCAGCCUUGCUUCGCAUUUCUUUGCCCUCGUACCGGUGCAACGCCGCCACUCAAAGAGACCCAAGUGCGUGUCUGAGGUCGAAGCUGAACUGCAAAAGCAGACGCACAUAGCGAUGCAGAAGGCACAACAAGACGUCAAGGAAGUCAUCCGUCGCGGCGUACACGAGGACUUGAUCACCAGCGUCCGACUCUAUGACAGUAUCGUGCAUCUGCUAUACUUGGAAGCAGCCUUUGGCACGUCAGAUAAUUGGACUAUGCACUUGGAUGCGGGUAUUUCCCUGUUGGAGCAAAUACUCCACGAGGUCGAUGACGAAGAGUUCCAAGGCUGUAAAUGGACCGCUACAUGCCGGAAAGUCGGCAUACUCGCGUAUCCUCAAUUGAAAAACCCUCCAGAGUUUCCUGCCUGGACACUCGAUCAGAGCGCCUUUCGCUUCUUCACGGCUCUUCUUGUAGUCUACGACAUUAUGGCGAGCACUUCACUUGGACAGGCACCACGAUUACAAGCAAACUACCAAGAGUUGCUCGUUACUGAUGACAAGUCUGAAGAGGUCCCAAACCGAAACUGCAGUCUUCUCUUAGAGCGCUUCAUCGGCUGCCAGAACUGGGUCAUGAUAUUGAUUGCGGAGGUGGCGUUGCUAGCCCGUUGGAAAAAGGAAAUGCGCAAGCAGGAGUCAUUCUCAAAUCUCGAGCUGUUUAGAAGGGGCGGGGUUCUCGAGAUCAAGUUUCGAGAAGGCCUUAGUUCGUUGAGCGCGCGAGAGUCGGAGGUGCGGGAUCAGAGACCACCUUGGCUAGCUGACUACCGAUCUGCAAAAGAGGAGUCUGAGGCCAUCACCCUAGUCACUCAGAUUUGGGCCCAUGCUGGCCUUAUUUACCUUCACAUAGUUCUCUCAGGCUGGCAAUCAGUCAGCAUGGAGAUCGGGGAAUCAGUGACAGAGAACCUUGCGUUGAUGAUGAAGUUGGGCAAUGCUCGCUGGUUACACACGCUCGCAUGGCCUAUCUGUGUAACUGCCUGUUUGGCCAAGGAGGAGCAAGAAGGCUUGGUUGGUGAAGUCCUUGAUCUAAUGGGAGAUCUGGCAAACUUUGGUCCUCCGAGAUUGGCUAGAAAGGUCUUUGAAGCUGUUUGGCUGAAGAGAGACACUGCCGUGAUUGAGUCUUGGGAUCUUGAGGCCUGUCUGAAUGUUCUAGGUCGCCGAGUCCUUCUAGGCUAA